AUGCCGGUAAAUGCUGGUGUUAACGAUUAUGGUUUACAUUUGAUUAAUGCUCAAACGAAAAGUCAUUUUCAAAGUUAUCCGUUCAAAAAUUUAACAUGGAUAAUGAAAACAGAUCGACCAUAUAUUCAAAUAUAUGCAAAACCUGAUGUUAAUCUUACGCUUAGUACACCUCAA